GAGAGAGAGAGAGAGAGGGGGGAAGGAUAUAUUGAGUCAAAACAGCUCUGCUUGCUCCUCAGUGUUGUGAGAGAAGAGACAGAGGACGUGUGAGAAGACAAGAUGGAGCGCUGGAACAGAUGAAGACUGUCACUGGUCCCAUCCGGCGGUCCACAUGAGCGUAUCGAAACCUCCUCCGCCCCACUCCCACUUCGCCCCCCCACCCGACUCUUCCACCUCCUCCCAUCUCUCCAUCCCUCCUUCUUCCUCCACCCCAUCCUCCCCCGCACCUUCUCGUGCCACCUCCUCUGCUCCCAGAACUCUCCCGCCGCCCUCUCCUGUCAAGAUCUCCAUGCAGGAGCACUUUGCUAUCAACGUGUGUCCCGGCCCCAUCAUGCCUAUCCCGCAGAUCUCGGACUUCUUCCCGCGCUUCCACGACUUUCCCAUGACCCCGCCCCCGCCCCGGGAGAAGAAGAUCCUGAAGGAACCAGAUUUCGGAUUGAACAAUGGAGGGGAGACGGACGGUGAGAAUAAGGAGAAAGAGAGGAAACCCACCGAGGUGGACCGGGGGGAGAGGCAAGAAGGGGCGGAUUCGGACGACGAUGAUGAAACUUAUUUGGGCACCCUGGAGUUCACCCUGCUCUUUGAUCACGAGAACAACUGUCUACACUGUACAAUCCACAAGGCCAAGGGACUAAAGGCCAUGGACUCCAACGGACUGGCCGAUCCAUACGUCAAGCUCCACCUCCUGCCGGGAGCAAGCAAGGCGAACAAGCUCCGCACCAAAACACUGAAGAACACUCUGAACCCGGUGUGGAGCGAGACGCUGAUGUACCACGGCAUCACUGCUAUCGACAUGACCACCAAAACCCUCAGGCUGUGUGUGUGCGACAUGGACAGGCUCGGUCGUAACGAGUUUAUCGGAGAGGUCCGUGUCGCCUUGAAGAAACUGAGCAAGGGCGAGAGCAAAAGAUUCAAAAUGGGUCUGGAGAGAAUCACACAGAACAAAGACAUCAACAAAGAAACCGUGGAGCAAGGAACACCUGUGGCUGAGGAAGAGCGUGGUCGUAUCCUGGUGUCGCUGUGCUACAGUCCAGAAAAGAGCUGUCUACUGGUUGGCAUCGUACGCUGUGCCCACCUCGCUGCUAUGGACUCCAAUGGGUACUCUGACCCCUUCGUCAAGAUUGUGCUGCAGCCUGAUAUGGGGAAAAAGUCCAAGUACAAAACCACAGUGAAGAAGAAAACGCUCAAUCCCGAGUUUAAUGAGGAGUUUGUGUAUGAAGUUCCACACGACCAGCUGGCGAAGAAAACCCUGGAGAUCUCCGUAUGGGACUACGAUCUGGGGAUGAGCAACGACUUCAUAGGCGGAGUUGAACUGGGCAUAAAUGCCAAGGGAGUGAGGCUGAAACAUUGGUUUGAGUGUCUCAAACACAUAGGCAAGAAAGUUGAGUACUGGCACACCCUCACGCAGCAAGGAGCCCCUCUGGAGGCCCCCCCGCAGUGACUGACAUACACACACACUUUAUCGCAAUUAUUAAAUGAUAAUCAAUGAAUGGUGAAGAAAUAAAUAAAUAAUAAUGUAAUAAAGUAAUAAGUGAUAAAACAUGCAAUAAUGAUACGGAUAAUGAUGAUAUAAUAAUAAUAUUAAUUAUAAUAUAAAAUCAUAAUAGUAGGUAAUUAUCCCAAUGAAGUAAAUACAUUUGUGAAAAUGUCCCUCAUUGAAAUGUUUAAUGUGAAGGUGCGAACAAAUUUGACCUUAGCCCUCAAUAUUGUGAAGUCACUUGCAUUUCAGUCAUUCAGAUGUACACAUUAAUAGUGUAGAAUCUCUUACCUGCACUGUAACUACAAUACUGGAACAGUCUGUAAGCACCUUUGCCCAACAAGGUCUUGUUACGAACGUUGUAGACACCAGGUUGUUUCUACUCGGGAUGCAGUUAAAAAAGGUGCCGAACGUCCGGUUGAGAUGACUGGCGUCUAGCAACGCUAAUGCUAACUGCUAUAACAGUUCUAGGAAGUAUGGGUAACUGCAUACUUGGCGUGUCUCUGAUUGUGGCUGCGGCGAAUAAAGUGGGUGGAUCAACAGCGAUGGGUGUAACAUCAGCUCUCUGUUAUUGGUUAGACGGUUUUGACUGAGUGUUGUUGUUUUUAGUUUCUUACCAUGCAACUACCUGCUACAAAUAAUUUUAUAUUUUCAGUGAAUAAAACUGACAACUUUGAUUUUUUUAUUAGAAGUACUAAUGAUGUGACUGUCAUCCUGAUGCUGGCUACACUAGGUAGCUACUUCACACGCCGUUGCACUCCUCGUGCAGCCCAGUCAGCCACGCAAAACGGUCUUUAGCAGCAACAAAUCUGCCCAAUUUAAUGAUUUGCUUUCCAUAUACCCACUUGUGUUGAUCAACCCACUUCUUUUGCCACGUCCACUUUCAGACACACUCCACAUAUGCAGUUACCCAUGACUCAGUUCGAGCAUUAACUACGCUAACUAUACCAACAGCGCUAACAGUACUAACAAUGGUAGCAGUACCAACAGCGCUAACAGUACUAACAGCCCUAAUAGUGCUAACAGUACUAACAAUGGUACCAGUACCAACAGCGCUAACAGUACUAACAGCCCUAAUAGUGCUAACAGUACUAACAAUGGUACCAGUACCAACAGCGCUAACAGUACUAACAGCCCUAAUAGUGCUAACAGCGCUAAUUUAGCGUAAUAGGUGUGAAAACAGUAUUCACCAAAGUGCGUUAACAGCGUUAGCAUGUGUUUACCCUCCUCUGCAUCCCUGAUUUACUAUACAAAGUACCCAAAUGACGAGGACAAGUUGGGUAAGUCACCUGCUAUAGAUUUGUAUUAUGGUGGUUGUCGCUCUGAUGCAAACUGGCACACCAUGACGUUAAAGCACAAAAGGAUCCAUCUGACGGUCUGUCUCUGUGUACUUGUCCGAUGUCUGUAGGUGAUGACAGUGGGUGUCUGUACCUCCCCUUAUCCUCCUGUGUGUAUUUGUCUUUAUGUGUGAGCGAGUGUUCGUGUGUGCAUACAUUUUGCAUACAAAUAUGUGUGUGCACGUGUGUUUUUGUGUGUUUGUCUGUAAGCGUGUCUCCAAAUGUCUCCAUCCAUGAACCCCAAAGCAUGGAGCUGUGAAGAAAGACUGAAAAAAAGAGACAAGACUCACUCCUACAGUACGACACUCACUCCUAUGUUCCCUGGAUGUCUCCCUGGUCUAACAAACUGAUGUCCUGUCACAUGUGCAAAAGUAUGGCUGGCAGUCAAGUGAGUCACUUUUCCUUGGUGACAGUCACACAAGAUAACCAUCCGUCUGGAUUAUUUUCUAAACCCUGCUCUGUGCCCUUUGACCUUUGACUUUGAGUGACUUGAAAGCUACACAGAGAGAUUUCUGCAGCACAGUCUCAAACAAACUAUAUCCCCUACUCUAAAGAGGGAUUAUCAGGGGUUAUCAAAUACCAACUACUGGGUGUGCAGGCUUUUGCUCCAGCUCCAGCCUAAUGCAGUCUGGACGACAAUGAGUGUCAUCGGGUGUGUUUGUGCUGGAACAAAGGCAUGCACAUCCCAGUAGCUCUUGAGGACGUAGAGUUUCCUCCUUCUUUUCGGGGUGCCCUUACACUAAGAUUUUAUUUAUAAAUGCCAGAAUUUUUUCAAUUGAAUUACAUUUAAUUUCAUAACAUUCAAAUGUUUCAUCAUGGAGAUGAAAAAAACUAUUAGUGUGAGAAAUAUGGCAAAAACUCAAAUUGUAGCAAAAGGAAUAGGUUGAUUUGAGAUUUUAUCACUUUACUCAUCUAUUCAUGUCUAAGUCGAGCAUAUCAAGCAGUGUCUAGGUCUAGGAGUUAGGGUUUGUUUAGGGAACUAUGCGAGAGAGACUACCCAGGCUGUUUUUAUGACAGAGAACUGCCCAUAGAGCUUAAAAGACUACCAUGGGAUGCCAGACUUGCAGGGAUGGACAGCAGAGAUUUCCCUGGAGGAAAGAGAGAUUGGCUGUGAUGAAUUAUACUCAGCAUGGCAACAAUCCCUCCCUGAAGCUCUACCACUGGACUGUGUGGACAAUCAUGGACUGUUCUGCAUGCAGGAUCAAAGGAUACUGACAAGACGUGUGUGUGUGCAUGCUUGCAAGCGUGUGUGCAUUGUGUACAUUUCUGUGUGUGUGUGUGUGUGUUCAUGCAUUGAAUCUAAACACACUCAUGGACACCUCACUCCCCCACCAUCCCUCGCAACAACAAAAAACACUGUCAUAAAGUAGACAGUGACUUCUCACCAUGGAUUCCUUCACCAGAGACAGACCUCGAGGGGUUAACCACAUUAAGGACAGAGGCCCAACCCUGUGGCCCCUGGCUACAGUUUGGACACCUUAUAGUUCCAACGUUGGCCCACUAAAGCACACUAUUACCCUUUUCACACUACUGAGACAAACAUAGCCAAGUCAAGCCAAGCUGUAUCACACUGGCCUGGUUACUCAUCUACUGUAGUUGCUGGAAUGAAAAAAGGACAAUGUGAAAAUAAAAUAUCCUGGCCAGCACAGUAUGGUUUGGGUCGGCCCUGUAGUGUGAAUUAGACAUCUCAGUCAGUCAACAGUCUCCUGGACUUUUUCUUACUUUCUAAUCGUUGUCUGGGAUCUCUGUGUUCGUUAUUCUGUACUUGGACAAAGGUGUGAAUGAAGGUGUCAUCAUGGAUAGCAAAAAAACAACGACGAUUCAGCAUGGCUUGGGGUCAAAUAUAGAGGGACUGUGACAUGGAUCAUGGAUCGUCAAAGCUAGGGACUGAACUCUGAAACGACGAGGGAGAACCUGACCUCGUUUAAGUCUAGUCUUUCACGGUCACCAAGAACACACUGAUUGACCUCGACAAAGAUGGCGUUGGAGUGGAGAGGGCGGAAUCUGUUCUUCUCUAUGCAUACCAUUGACGACACAGGAAGCCUCUCCACGCGCAGCAACAACAGUGAAAUGAAUAAUCAAAUGAUAAACAUCUCCGAUGUCACUAUGUGAUAUGUUGUCAAAGAUGCAUUCAAGGUUUUUUAUGUAUGUAAUACUGCAUAUGUAAACAACGGGUGGGUCUAAUCCUGAAAGAUGAUUGGUUAAAACCGCAUUCCAGCCGGUGUCUAUUCCACAAGUUACUUCAUAUGUAUGUACUUCCCUCUCCGGGAUAUUCCUCAUCAUGGGAAGACAGGCUUGAAGUUCUGAUGUAACAACGGGAGAUGUUUCUUCUCUUGUUCAGGUGAUCUGGUGGUUUAUUUUCACUCAGAUUCUCUCUAUCUCUGCCUUUUAUUUUGAUAUGUUGUCGGUCUAGCGAACUUGACUUUGUUCAUCAUGUGACAACAAAAAACAUAUGCAUCUUAACAUUCUAAUAAAGAAAUGCAUGUGUAACGAUUGUCAUAUAUAUGCAUAUGUAACUAACAUUGUAACUAACAUUGAGCAAUGCCAAUUUCUUUCUGGUUGAUAUCUUUGAUAUGGUAUCAUCAAUCAAAUCUGUUACAGCUAUCAUCGCUGCUGUGUACUCGUUGGUUUGUAAUUUACUGUUUGUAAGAAGAAAAAAAAAAGGGAUUAUUCAGGGUAACUUGCUCAAUUUGAUGAUUUUCUCGGUUCUGCCGUUGCUUUAAAACCUUUAUCGUCAUAGAUAUUGACAUUGUCUUCCUUUAAUGACAUUAAUGGAAUGGGGAGACUGGGUGGAGGGGGAGGACUAUUGUUACAGCAUCCCUGUGUACUCACUGACAUCCUGUACUGUCUAUCUCUAUGUGGAACAUACGGUGUGAUUGCCAUUCUGUGGUGACUUUGUGGAACUACUUCUCAAAAUAAACUGAACCCGUUUGAGUGGC